GUGGGCGCGCCGGGAGCCCCGCACGGCGGCCCGGGGGUGGCGGGCGGCACCGCCUGGCCGGCCGGGGGGUGCCGGCCCUGCGCGCCCCGCACCGCGGCCCGGCCCGCCGAGAGAUGGCGGAUUCCUAUACCUGUAAAGGUGGAAGGAAAACUGCAGGCUCUAACAAACCCACUGCCAGCAAAGAAAGCAGGACGGAGACGAGGAUAAACCCGCCAGCAGAGCUGCCCAAGCUGGGAAAUGCAACCAGUGACAAAACUGAAGGCAGGAAGAAAGGAAGACCCAAGGCUGAGAACCAGGCACUGAAAGACAUCCCUCUCCCCCUGAUGAACCAGUGGAAGGAUGAAUUUAAAGCCCACUCCAGGGUGAAAUGUCCCAAUUCAGGAUGCUGGCUGGAGUUCCCCAGCAUUUAUGGCUUGAAGUACCACUAUCAGCGCUGCCAAGGGGGUGCAAUCUCAGAGAAGCUGACAUACUCAUGCUCAUACUGCGAAGCUGCCUUCACCUCCAAAACCCAGCUGGAAAAGCAUCGGCUCUGGAAUCACUUGGACCGGCCAGUGCCAACCAGCAAAGCAGAAAACAAAGUCCCCAAGGCCAUUGGGAAGAGCAGUGGAAAGAAAAGACCUGCUGAGAGUUCAGCUUGCCCCACCAUCCAUCCCAAACAGGCAAAGAUGGAAAAAGCCGUGGCCCAGGAGCACGCGGAGAAUGGCGAGUGCCUGGCGGAGAGCCGGGAGAGCAAGGAGUUCCAGAUUGCAGCAGCUGAGGCCAUGGCAGCUGCCACCCCCACGGCCAAGUCCUCCAGUGGCAAGGACACCGGGCAGCAGAGGGGCAGCCAGGCCUCGCUGCAGGAGGAGGAUCCUGAGAGGAUGAAGCACAGAAGGAAACAGAAAACUCCUAAGAAGUUUACGGGGGAGCAGCCAUCCAUCUCGGGGACAUUUGGACUGAAAGGUCUUGUCAAAGCAGAGGACAAAGCAAAAGCCCAUCGAGCCAAGAAGCUGGAGGGAAAUGCCAACAUGGAGGAGCUGAAAAAGAAACCUCCAGGAGUUGGUGUGAAGAAGGAAACAUCUGUGCAUCCACCAGCAGCAAACCCUGAGGACCAGUGGCAGCGGGAGAUCAGUGAGAAGGGGGAAGUUUCCUGUCCAACCUGCAGUAUUAUAACCAGGAAAACUAUUGUGGGACUCAAAAAGCACAUGGAUGUCUGCCAGAAACUGCAGGAUGCCUUGAAGUGUCAGCACUGCAAAAAGCAGUUCAAGUCCAAAGCUGGGCUGAAUUACCACACCAUGGCUGAACACGUCAGCAAGCCUGUUCCUGUGGAAACCGCUGGACUUGGUGAACAGGAAGAGCGGGAAAGGCUGAGGAAAGUGCUAAAGCAGAUGGGAAAACUGAAAUGCCCCAAUGAGGGUUGUGUGGCCAACUUCUCCAGCCUGAUGGGCUACCAGUACCACCAGAAGCGGUGUGGCAAGCAGCUUGCCGAGGCCGACAAGCCCGUGUUCAGCUGCCCACACUGUGGCAAGAAGUACAAAUCCAAGGCUGGCCACGACUAUCACGUGCGGUCAGAACACACGGCCUCGGUGAGCCCCCCGGACGCCUCCGCAGCCCGAGGAGCGGGGCCAUCCCCCCCCGGGGGGGACUGCAGAGCUGCAGAGCCCGUGGGCAGGACAGAGCUGGGCAAGGCCGGGCCGGGCAAGCCUCCAGAGGAGCCAGAGGUGAAGCCAGAGCCUGGUCCCGUAGAAGAUUUUGAGAGGACCCCAAGCGGCCGCAUCCGUCGGACGUCAGCCCAAGUCGCCGUCUUCCACCUCCAGGAGAUUGCAGAGGAUGAGCUGGCCAGGGACUGGACCAAGCGGAGGAUGAAGGAUGAUCUGGUGCCUGAAACAAAGCGGCUCAAUUACACCCGACCAGGGCUUCCAAAGCUCAAUCCCAGGCUGCUGGAAAACUGGAAGAACGAAGUGAAGGAGAAGGGCCGCAUCAACUGUCCUAACAACUGCUGUGAAGCCAUUUACUCCAGUGUCUCGGGGCUGAAAGCUCACCUGGCCAACUGCAACAAGGGGGACCACUCAGUGGGCAAGUACCGCUGCCUCCUGUGCCAGAAGGAGUUCAGCUCCGAGAGCGGUGUCAAGUACCACAUCAUCAAAGCUCACUCCGAGAACUGGUUCCGAACCUCCUCAGAGGCCAGCCGGAAAAAGAAAAACAGGGAACAGCUUUCUUCCAGCAAAGAGGAGAAAAAGAAAAGCACAAACGGGAAGAAAAGGGGGAGGAAACCCAAGGAGAGGCCUCCGGAAAUGUCCCCGAAGGGCAAAGAGAGCGUGGCAGCAAAGACUAAUCACAAGAAAACCCUCGAGCACUGGGAAGGCUCCCGGGGCAGCCCCGAGGGGGACGAGCUCGUCCUCAAGCCCCCGAGCCAGCGGAAGGGAGGAGCCAGCAAGAUGCCCGAGAAAUGAGCAGCUCAGAGACUCGUCUCCGAGGAUUCGUUUACAGCCCAGGGUAACAGGGUGGGGGUCUCUCCCAGUUUUAUGUCCCUUCCUCCCCAUCCCACCUCCCCUUGCCCCACCCUCCUCUCACCCUCUUUUUACAAAAAAAAAAAAGAAAGGAAAAAAGUUUAAAAAAAAAAAAAGAGACAGAAAAUACCAAUUAACCACUUUAAACAAAUCACGGACCUUGUUUCACACUGGAAAACAAACAGGAUCAAGGAAGCUGGAACGUUCUCCACCCCCUGCCCGUGUACAUACCCCUCGCUGGGGCCCCGCUGCCUCCCCCAGCCCGUGAUUCCCCUCCCCUGGUGACGCUUGAGCGAAAGAGAAGUGCAAUAGCAGCGGGGUCCCGUGGGCUGGGACCCUCCGGUGCCGGGGUUGGGACCCUCCCCGUGCCGGGGUUGGGACCCUCCCCGCCUGCCCGGCAGCCUCCCCGCUCCAGGGUGAUGUUUCCAAAGAUGUUUGACCCGGUGGGGCGGAGGGUCCGGAG